AUGACUUCCGAACGCAGAAGAGUUGUCUUAAUAGAUAAUUAUGAUUCUUUCACUUGGAACUUAUAUGAGUAUCUAUGCACAGAAGGAGCCGAGGUGCUAGUCUACAGAAACGAUAAAAUAACUUUGGAUGAAUUGUCCGCGCUAAAUCCUGACAUAGUUUUCAUUUCACCAGGCCCAGGACAUCCAAGAACUGAUUCAGGUAUUUCAAGAGACUGUAUUCGUCAUUUUACAGGAAAAGUGCCAGUGAUUGGUGUUUGCAUGGGCCAGCAAUGCAUGUUUGAUGUUUUCGGCGGGGAAGUAAGCUACGCCGGAGAGAUUGUACAUGGCAAAACGUCGGAAGUUUUCCACGAUAACAAGGGCAUUUUCAAAGAUGUUCCACAAGGUGUAUCGGUCACAAGGUAUCAUUCUUUGGCAGGAGAACAGUCGACGCUACCGGAUGUGUUAGAAGUUACUGCUUCAACUCGGAAUGGGAUCAUUAUGGGUGUGAGACACAAGAUUUACACCGUUGAAGGCGUUCAAUUUCAUCCAGAGUCCAUUUUAACUGAAGAGGGACACCUCAUGGUGAAAAACAUUCUGAACAUGAGAGGAGGGACUUGGGACGACAACCAAAUGCUAGCCAAAAAAGUUACCAACAAGCCGUCUAUUCUAGACGAAGUAUAUGCCAAGAGAAGACAAGACGUAGAAACUCAAUCCAAAAUUCCGGGUUUCACAACCAAAGACCUCGAAAUGAACUAUGAACUUGGUUUGGCCCCCUCUGUACAAAAUUUCCGUCAACGCUUGACGCAAGGGCCACAUAGGGCUGCGGUUUUGGCUGAAAUCAAGAGAGCUUCGCCUUCGAAAGGUGACAUCGAUGUCGACGCCGUGGCCGCUCCUCAAGGUCUCAAAUAUGCAAGGGCAGGUGCUGCCGCUAUUUCAGUCCUGACGGAGCCCCACUGGUUCAAAGGGAGUUUACAAGAUCUGAUCAAUGUUAGAAAAGCUCUAGAUUUGGAGUUUGCUAGCAAUCCAGAAGAAAGACCAGCAGUGCUUAGAAAAGAAUUUGUUUUCAGCAAAUACCAGAUCCUAGAGGCCCGUCUCGCCGGCGCAGACGCCGUUCUUCUAAUUGUCAAGAUGUUGAAACAAGAUCUGUUACGCGAAUUGUAUGACUACGCAGUGGAACAAAUGGGAAUCGAACCUUUAGUUGAAGUUAGCUGCAAAGAGGAAAUGGCUAGAGCUCUAGAGAUUGGUGCGAAAGUGGUUGGUGUCAAUAACAGAGAUUUGCACUCCUUUACCGUUGAUAUGAACACCACUAGUUCCUUAAUCAGUGAAGUUUCAUCUGGUACUAUACUUCUGGCUCUCUCUGGAAUUACUUGUGCCAAAGACGCCGAUGUGUAUAAGAUAGAAGGUGUUCACGGGUUUUUGGUCGGAGAAGCGCUCAUGAAGUCAACAGAAGUGAAAAAGUUCAUAUCGGAGUUGAUAGAAUAA